GGGUAAUUUGAACUUUUUGAAACAAAUCUUACGUUUAUUACCGGAUCCUCUCAAGGCUGUCAACGAUCCUCAAUCUUCUACUGGUUUUACUCCUCUGCAUUAUGCUGCUGCUCGUGGUCAUUUGAAAGUGGUCGAAUGUCUUGUGGAUGAAUAUUCCGUGUCUGUAGAUGCAAGAGACAAGGAAGACUGCUCUUCAUAAAGCGGCAUAUAAUGGCCAUUACCAUAUCGUCAAGUAUUUACAAUCAAAGAAUGCUAACUUACACCAAAAAGAUAAGGAUGGAUGGACAGCUCUUCACAAUGCCUGUGCUCGUGGUUACCUUCCUAUUGUACGUUUACUUAUCAAUCAUGGUGCACGUGUUGAUGUACGGAGUAAAAUGGGUCAUACACCGCUUAUUAAUGCUGCAUCGAAAGGAUAUAUAUCUAUUGUAGAAUACUUAUUGGAUGAAGCUCAUGCAAACCCUUUGAUGAAAAAUAAUAUUGGUGAAGCUGCUUAUGAUGCUAGUGCUGUGUCUCGUGAAGCUUAUGUUUGUGAGCUAUUGGAAAAGGCAGAAAAGAAAUGGUGGCAUACUCAACAAAUGGAAGGAAUGGAUGAUCCAUCUUUCACCAAAAGUAAACCAUAUGACAUACUUGAUUAUCAUGUUACAGUGAUGGUUGUUCUUCAUGAAAAUCAACGAGCUACUUCACUUUUGGGUCUUUCUCGUCCUCAAUUUAGUGCCAACUACCUUACGAAACAAGAUGUACGUGGACCUUGGUCUCUCCAUCCUUCUGGCACUCCCUCUUCUAAAGAUCAAGUCGAACCUCCACGACAAAACAAUGGUACUGGAAAAGCAAAUUGGUAUUGGAUCACAGACUGGCAAAUUGAUCUUAGUGACCCUCGCAUUGAUCCUACCUCUGGAUGGCAAUAUGCUCGAUCUUUUGACGAGGCUGAUGAACAUUGGACACCUGUGGCUCCUACUGGUGGAAAUGGUUGGGUGAGACGACGACGUUGGGUACGCGUGAUGAAUCGACAAAUGGAUUUUGCAGCAGCCACAAGUAACUCUCAACAUUCUCUCAGCAACAAUGGAUUUGAUGCGGCAAAUAGCGAUUAUUUGGAGAUCGCAGAAGAAAUGGUGAUAUCAGCCACAACAACGGAAGCCAACACAACUAUGGAUGAUGAACCCAAUGGACAACAAGGAAAUGUGCAUCGUAUCCAAGCAUUGACAAAGGAAUUACGGACCUAUGAAGAAUCUGUGCAACUACUUUUGGCAGGUGUCAAAGAUGAUUUGAACCAAUACCGCAAGGAACGAGCCAAUAACCUGAUCAAACUACAUUCAACCAAAAUUGAUAAACUCAACACGGAAAUUGCUAUUCUCGCUCCACAACUAACUACGCCAAUAUCACCAGUGCCACUUGAACAUAAUGCAGAACUUGCUCGGGAACUCGGCUUUAUUUCCAACAAAUAUCAACAUGGGGAGGAGGAUGAUCAUGAUGAUAAUAAUAGAUACCCCAACAAAGCAAAUGGAAAUGAUUUUGAUGCAAAUCCUUGGACUCGUGACACUAUUGGUGAUCGUAACUCAUAUCAACCGCGUCCUUUACGACAACAACAACGUGAUGACAUUGACAACCAUAGCAACAGUAGUAGUUUAUUACAUCAAGUUGAUUUCAAUAGCAGCAAUAACAAUAAUAGUGAUAUCAAUCGACCAACAACAACAAGAGAAUUUAUUUGGGAAUCAGAUGUAGAAGCCAAGGAUUGUCGACGAUGUAACAGAAAAUUUGGAUUAUUGAAUAGAAGACAUCAUUGUCGCCGAUGUGGAUUAAUUGUGUGUGAUCGAUGUUCUACUUCUCGCACUUAUCUCUCAGCUUCUGAAAUCUUACAAAAUCCUCAUGGUCCAAUAGAACCUUCUCAUGUAUUGGAAUCUCAACAUCAACGUAUUUGUGACAAAUGUUAUGCGGAUUUAGGAAUCAGUUCCUAAAUACAAAUAUUUGGUAUUUUGUCUUUUGAAUUCACUCUCCGUGGAUGAUGGUUCCUUAUGUUUUUAUAUAUGAUUAUGAUGAUGAUUAUUUAUUAUGAUACCAUUUUCCCUUUUUAUUAUAUUUUUAUCAAUAAAAUCAAACGUGUUUAUACCAUUUUAUGAAGAAAAAGAAAACAAUAUAAUGAUCGAAUGCCCAUGGUUUUGUUUUUAAGGGGGAGAAUCAACUCGGAUGAAAAUGGAAAGCUGUCGUCCAAAUCAAGAAGGUUGCAUGAAAACAAAUACACAAAAAUAGGUUUACCUUUUUAUCAUUUAACAACAUAAC